UGAGAACCUUGUGAAUUGAUAUAAAUUAUAGCAUGCAUCUCUGAGAAGAGUGGCACGGCCAAACAUCAUCCCAGAAGCGAAUCGGCUUACCAUUGCCCAAUCAAAGUCUAGCCCAAGUUCUGCCUGAAAGUUUCUUUGUACCAAAUAAUACCUUUCUAGAUGCAGGAUAUUUUUUAGGUGGGUUGGUCAAUCCAUUUUUUCCAUUGGAGAGGUACUUAGCAGCGAAAUAUGAGCACCAUGGCUUUUUCUUUUCCUUUGGAAAUCUCCAUAGCCACUUCAUAAGAAGGGCUGGCUUGGUUAAAGUCCACCUCCUUCGUUAAGGUGAUUGAAAAAAUCCAGACCAUAAACAAGAUUUCAUUUUUUGUAUGGGAUGUUAAUUUUUUUAAUCAGCUUACUAUCAAUAAACCAUGUGUUAGGUUCUCGUUGCGGGAGAUCUUGGAACGUGCCCGUCGUGUGAAUGCGCAUACAAAUAGGGUCACUAUUCGCCUACUACUAAACUCAUAAGAAAUCCAUUUAGAACACAUAAAAAUCAGUAAAGCAAGGGGAGAGCUCAUGCUUUGAGUUUGCUGACUUGAUCAAUCGAAAAGGCCUGACACUUCGACAGUAACUCACUACCCUUUCAGAUAGAGAGAUCCUUUAUCUAGAGCUAGAGAUAGGCCCAAAGUCUUGUGUAUGAUGGUCGUAGAUGGUGUGGUCUCAAGGGUUACCCCAGACCACUCCCUGCUCGAGGAACGUAGUAACUCGACUAAAGGAGAGGCAUUUAGAUCAUGCAUGGAUGAGAGACCCUUGCUUGAGGGCAUGAAGGAAUUCACAAGAGAAUCAGGGGCAACUGUCAGCAAAUCAAAUAAGGGGUACCCAGCUCUCUUAAGUUAAGGAAGUUCGUGACCUAAUAGGAGUGACUGUAGUCAAGCAAGCAGAAGGUUACAGGCAAGCGGGGUAGUGUACUUUUAUCCGCAAAGAAUGGGAUUGAUGCUAAGCUAAGGAAUCCCCUACUAAUCGAAAGAGGGGAUUCAAAAGUGUCUAUUCUAUAUUCCAAGGUGCGAAGGGUCGAUGUAAUUGAGAAAGAAGCGCUCUAGCUCUCACUUGAAGUACAGGAAGGAUAAUGACUCGAGCUUUUCCGAAUGAAAGGCGAUAGGGGACGUACCCUAAGGAAGCAAGAAGGGAGGAUUUUCUUUAUCACUAGUCCUUGAUCCGCCCCCUCGUCGACUAGCUUAACUUGCCGAACCUCCUUUCUUGAAGGCGCGCUUUGCUUUCAAGGCAGCUCGACCUUCAGGAAAGAAUUCUUUGCUUUAUCUCCUUCGCUACUAAAGGCGAGUUUCCGGUCUUAGCUGAAUGUUCUUUCCUCCCUUGCCUACAGCGGCUCUCUCUAUCUUUCAUGGGGUAAUCCUCCCUACUGGGAAGCCACUUUCUGAUCCGCCAGCAAGCCUUCACCUCCUCUCGCUAUCGGUCAAGCUGCACGCAAUCCACAACAACAAGAGAAAGGCCAGUCACAGAACACAAACCCAAUCCAGUCGGAGAACCCACCCAUGCAUUCAAUUAGAAAAACCUUCCUUCAUGUAGGUGCGGUCGAGCGGAAAAAGCCCAAGAGCUCCCCGCGUGGGGACCACCUACACAGGCAUACAGCUGCGCACCAGACGGGUUAACAAAGAGCGCCUGUACACAACAUAACAAAGCUUAAUCUCCGUCUCAAUAGACGGGCAGUUCCAUAUCGAAAUCGAUAGCCGGAGAAUGGCCCAAUGGUUUCUUCCACCUCGGUCGGCGAAAGGUUAUUCACAAUGUUAAUAAUCUCCUCCUCAGCAGAUAGUCUGACUUCGUUGUCGGCUUGGAUCGUAACGAUGCUUCCUUUGUAGCGGAAUUUCAAACACUGAUGAUAUGUAGAAGAGAUUGCCCCAGCUUGAUGAGUCUCCCCAAAAAUUGAUUGAAGGUUGCCUUGAUAUCUAGGACAUGGAACUCUGUCAUAAGGCUGAGUGGACUCACUUGAAGAUCAAGGGUAAACUUGCCCCUUGCAGCUCUCUUCGAAAGAGAGUAUGCUCUUAUUGAUGCAGACGAUGGAGUAAGGAGAGAUUCUUUCAAGCCGAGAGUUUGGACAGUUGAAAAAGAAAGGGCACCCUCUUUAGAAGAGUUUGAUCACCAAAGAGGUUUUUUCAACUAUUCAUUGAAAGGGGGAGCUUUACCCGCUAAAGACUUAGAACUCGAGGGGAGACGAAUGCUAAGAUGAAGGCCAGUCUCGGGAAUCAGACUCGGGAAGAAUAGGAUUUUUUUCCUUGGGACUUUGCCACCCAUAACAUAAAUAGAAGAGGAAGCUUCUGCCCUUUUUCCUUCUUUUGAGUCUACGCACUUUUGCUUAGUAUGUUGUUUAUAUGCUUGUUAAUUUAGUUUAAUGGAUCUUCUCAUAGGUAGCUGCCUGUAAUUAGCGACCUUCCUCUUUUUUACAAGCAUGAGUAGGACUUCUAGUGUUGGGAAAGUCAUCCUUUCCUUGACAUAAGCUCUAGUUUCUCUCUGUUAUGGCAUUCCCAUAUGCUUUAUAAUUCCUAUAUGUUUCUAUAUUUGAGGUAGUAUUCUUCUAGAGAAGGAAGAAAAGCCAUCAGCCCAGGGAUACUCUGUAGACCGUUAGACUCGUGCUUCUGUUGGCUGUUGGGAAGUACUUCGUUUCACUUCUCAAAACAUAGGAGAGAAGCCAGUGACCGUAGGAGAGCUUUUUGCCCCUUCCUUGGUUCUUGGUCUAUUCCGAUGAAUAAGACCGAAUCGAGUGCAUAUUUAUUCCGAUUGCUUCCUUCCUUCGUAUUCAAUUCGUAUCUCGAAAAUCUUUUGUUAAAAGUUACCGAUCUUGGCUAACAUACGGAUACUGAACUUCGUUACGUAACGAGUGACAAUGGUUCACAGCCCGAGGGCUAAUUCAAGUUCCUCUUUCUGUGGAAUAACCGGUGCAAGUCUUUUCUGUUACAGUAAGAGCUGUCGAGAAAAUAGAAGAUCUGGUCCUAUCCGUUGCUGGUGUUGAAGGAAGUUAAUCAGAAUAAGCUGUUUUCAAAUUCAAAUGGGUUGCAACAACUAAUAAUAACAACUUAUUUUAUUCUUAAAAAAUAGGUUGCUUUUAUUUUUUUUAGAAUAGGUUGUUUUCGAAUAAGCUCUUUGAAAGAUAACUGAAUGCGCUUAGUCCCUUGGGGGAUUGGUCUGCAUUCAGGGGCUCUUUUGAGCACUUUUGAGGAAGUGAAGACGAAUAGUCGACUUUGCCUGCUUGACGGCUUUACGGAUAAGGAAUUCCUUAUCAACAAAUUGCGUCAAUAAGAGAAUCGAUAAAGAGAAUGCUCUCCCACAACCCCUUUUUUCACGGUUUAGGCGGCGAGCGAAAAUCAACUCACUUUUGCUCCUCUCCCAAAGGUCUCUGCCCUUCCAUCCCUUGGAUCGACGAGAGUGCGCCUAGCCAGGAGUGUGGUUGGUGUCACCUCCCGUGCGCUAGCUGUGCCGGAUGUUUAUUCGCCCACUCCUUCACAGAGCGAUGACUAACAGCCGGGGAUUCUUUUAGUAGAGCCUGAAAGUAGCGCUUGGCUCGAUUCCAACCACGGACGGAGAUACAUUUCAUCCAUAUCGCGGGCCUCACAUGGACAAAAUUCCGCUCUUCUUGCUCCACCAAUAAGAAAACAUCAAGAGCUUCCUCGUUCGUACUCAAUCAGUAGAUCAAUGAUUCGAAUGCGCAUCCCUAUCCAGUCAAUAAAGAAAGAUUAGGUUCGCGCUUCACUUCAUAUUUGAAAAAUCUAAAUAAAAACGAAGAAAUCUCGUUGUCGCGGGCAGGCCUCUUUACCAUCUUUCUACUCGAGACACGAGUAGAAAGAAAGAGAGUAAUAAAACAUGGUCAGUUCAUCUGGAUCGUUUCAUCGAGCAGGGUGGGCGACCCUUCUUGCUUGCUUGGCCGUCAAAGAGAGGUGCGGAAUUGGCAACACUAUCGGAGUUGCUAGCAGAUCGAAAUCGGAGGGAAUCAGUGCCAAUCAGUCACAACAACAGCCAGCCUUGGAAUAAGAUCAGUCAUUCCAGCAAACGUAGGCUUGAAAGCCGGAGUGCGUCAGGUUUUCGAGUCGAUCCAUAUCCAAUAGCUUGAUUGGUCGAAUGACCAGGAGGGGCUUGCUAAAAGCCAUUCACCGCCUUUGGAAAAGGAUUCUCGCGUCCCCUUUCCUUCCUCAAAUCUGCCUCCAGCAAGACGCCAAAAGCCGUAUAGUGCAGGAGCCCUGACGUGAACGGACGUUUUCUUUGUCUAAAAACCGGAGACAUCGCACCUGCAGUGUCUCAAUCUCCUCAUCAAAAAAAUCGGAAGUUGGGAGCGUUCUCUUUCUCCCUCUUUGUGCUUGAGCUGACUCAUCCUCACAAAAUAUCUUGGUGAGAAACUCCUGCUCUGAAUGGGUAAAGGAGGUGAGCUUGGAGAUUGACUGGGAAGAAAGCGAAAACCUGGGUCGGCUGAGACACUUGGACUUGAGGGGAACCCCAUAAUCUGCUUAGGAACCGCUCAUUCUUCUUACUCCCGCUCCUCGUCGGAAGGAAGUUUCUGUUGAUUCACCAGCGUGAAGAUAAGUAGAUGUGGCCCAGGGUUCUUCGGAAACCAUUGAUCGAGUAGUUUAUCCGGUUCCAUUUGAUCCAUCAGUGGUUGAUCUUCUAGGUGAAAGAGCUCCUAUUCUAGCUUCUACUCCCACGGGAGGGGGCAGUCAAUUCACUCAGUGGGCGAGCUUUCCCGGGUCGGGAGAGUCCUGUUUCAUAGGUAGGGGUGAAGUAGACUCUGAGUCAAACAAAGAAAAGAAGCGUCGCUUUGCUUUAGCCUGGUUAUUAGCUUACUUACUAAAGGACGUAGCUCCACUGGAAAUUCUCUACCCUUGCUCGCCUGCUUGAGUUCAAGAUUGAGUUUCAGAAUCAAAAGAAUCAAUAGAAAGAAAAGUGCUUACUGUAGCCGUAACUUUCACUGUCUAUUAAUCUAGCUAGCUAUCCAGCUUAGUCUGCCUUCUACUCUUUCUUAGCCUAACUUCCUCUGUUGAGGGAUAGGAAUGAAUCUAAACUACUUAAGAAUCUACUUUAAGGUCAAUCACAAAGAUAAAUUAUUAAAUAAAGUCUCUGGCUCAGCUUUAUCAGAUUGGGGAAUAUAAAGUACUUCCUCCCCUGUCCUUUCUUCAUCUCAACUACUAGGAUUGGAAGACUUCCACAUCAAGUGGAGAGUAUAGAACAAAAAAAAGUGGAUGUCGGUACCAAAGUUGCUGAUUAAGCUGUUACUGCGGUUCUUUAUUUUAUAUAGGAUCAAACUCUUCUUUUGACUAUGAUUGGGCCUAUAACGAAAGUGGUAGAACCUCGUGAACCAGGCGUACUACUUCUUUUUUCCUUUCUUCUCUUAUGAUAUUUCUAGGGGAAGAUGAAGAAUGAUGCUAUAGCCUCUCACUUUUCCGCUAUCCGCCUUCUUGUGAUAGGGAGAUGAGGGAUGCAGACAUUGAUUACAUACUAGUUUUUCAGACCUUCUGCUGAAAGCCUUCAAAAUCCUCUUCUAGUCGCUUACCUACCUCGAGGAGUGACUCUUUUUCUUGUGUUUAGCUGAGGGAAGGAAGGUGUUAUGGCCUGCCCGAGGAGGAGAUUCAGUCCCUUUUUAUGGCUGUGGAGAAGUGGACGAGGAUCGCGGAGGUGUUCUCACUAUGGUGAUUCGGUGAAGAGGGCGUAAGCCUAGUGAUUAUUGUUGAGAUCUUGUUGGUAGACCUCCACGAUAUGCGAAUGUAGCUACUUCAGAGUAUGUUCCCACUCCUAAUCCUUCAACCACUACUGAGCAUAAAACUCUAUCUGUGUCUGAGGAUGAGUACACUAAGUUCUUUCAGUAUCAAGCAGCAAAGCUUUAAUCUAUUCCUACUGCAUCAUUCGCCCUACCUUUCUUUCUCUUUCCUAUUGACAUAGCAAAGUAUGGUUCCAGCGAAACCCGUCUAUUCAUUCGUUUGUAGCUGAAUUUCUCUUAUUCUGGUAACAUUCAUUCCUGCUGUUUGUGAGUAGUCUUCCCGGUUUAUCCUCUGUAAUAAGAGGUAAGAGUAGUAGGAGCGAUACCGUUGUAGCUAGAGUAGUAAAUCAAAUCCCUUUUUCGAGAAAGUGGUAAUGAAUGGUCUGUAGUAAGCAAACCCAGUAGUAGCUGUUAUUAGUAAUACCAGUCAUUCCUCGGAUGGGAAGGCGUAGGCGUAAAGUAAAAAGGCGGUGGGCUGGCUUAGACAGCAAGCAAGCGAGGAGAUUCACCAAGCCGGUGUGACAGUAUGAGUAGGGUAGACUAGCAGGCAAAGGAAGCUCGGAUCUUUCCAUCUCACUUCACUCCGAUUGACCUAAGGAAAGGCAUGAAUAGAUGAAUAGGCUGCAGCUGUUGUUGGAGUAUCAUAGAAUAAAGCAAAUCCCCUAAAAUAGAAGGGUUCGUCUUUCAGCUUCUUUGCUAGUCUUAGAGUCUAACACCCGGGUAGAAGAAAAGGAAGAAGUAAUCGAAGAAGAGAAUUAACUAACUAUCCCGGAUAACCUUUAAAUUGCAAGGAGUCUUCUUAGCGGCCUUGAAGGAGUGAAAGAGAGAAGAAAGAGUAGCCGUUGUUGGUGUAAGCCUAUCAGCUGUUGAAUAAGCAGUGUUAGCACCAAAGAAGGAUGGAUGGGAGCUGCUGCUAUAAUAUAAGAGUAGAGCGUUGAACUUUAUUGAUUUUACCCGAUGCUCAAGUUCUGAGUGGGCGUAGGCGCACGUUCUCAAAGGUGGAUUUGAUAAGUGGAUACAACCAUGGUAUUGGUUGGGUGGGGAGACGAAUGGAAGACGGCCUUCAGCACAAAGGAGGGCCCGUAUGAGUGGCUCGUGAUGCCGUUCGGUCUCACCCAUGCACGCACCGAGUACCUUUAUGCAACUGAUGAAUGAGGUACUGAGACCAUAGAGGGGGUAAAUUCCGUAUACCUGAAUGAUCUUUCUCUUUCCGGAGUGAGGAAGACCUAAACCGUAACUUGUGGGAAUUUUUGGAUAAAGUUGUAUGUCAACUUGGAAAAGGGCGAGGGUGGUCUACGAUCAGUUGGGAAACUCGUAUACCGACGGGUUUGGUUGAUCCCGGGAGGGAUUGAAGAUAGACCAGUCCAAGCAAGAAAGAGUAAGUGAGGCGGCUAUGAAGGCGUCAGGAGGUACGAGAAAUGUAAAAAUGUCAACAGUAAGUUUCUACGAAAUUGGAGUGGGAUAGCGUCGGGUCUGGCUUUGUACUGGAGGAAGGAAGGGCACAAGGUAGCGUAGCUUCGAGCUACUGAAAAGACGCUUUACCUUUGUUUUUACCGGAUUUUUCACAGUGAUUUUUGAGGUGUGAUCGUAGACCACCCUCGGGGAAGGCAAUAGGAGGGGUGGAGGGCAGACCAGUGAAGUUUUAGAGCUCGAAGUUGGACGACGCUCAGCAAAAUGACUCCACGUAUGAUCCAAAAUUUCAAUGGUGAGAGCACUGAAAAAUGUUCAAAACUAUCUAUUGCCAAAGGAUUCGUAGUGCACACGGACCAUCAAGUACGGAGGUUCAACCAGUCUCAAGAGAAGUUGAACGCGAAAGAGUCAAAGUGGGUGUUCUUCCUUCCAUCGUGCGUGAUACGACAUAAGGCAGGGAAGCGCAACGUCGUAGCAGAUGCACUAAGUAGAAGGGCCAUGCUACUGCAGUCUGUGGAAACCGUAGUGAACUACGGAGGAAGGUGGGGACGGAUAAUUUUAGGACUUUUGCGAGGCAUGGAGGUUGAGCGGGAACCCGGGGAGAUCGAAGUAGUGGACUACUUUAGAUUAGAAUGAUGUUCUAUUUUUGAAACCUGCAUACUGAACUUUACGAGAGACCCUAUUGAAAAUGAAGGAGUUAGAGGGCGGAGCGGGGAGCUAAGACAAAACGUACCAAUUGGUAGAGGAGAACUACUAUUGGAUUGGCCCGGGACAUUGAAAGAUUUGUUUAGUCGUGUCGUCUUUGUAAGGAAUAAAAAGGUGGCAAGAGGUCUUUAUUCCCAGGCUCGUAAACUCGCUCCUAGUUCUUCUCCCAUUUUCGCCCACCAGAUAAGGCGCAUCCCUUCGCGGAGUCCUUCCUACCCAAGAAAGAAGAAUAGAAUGAGGGUUUACAGGGUGAGCUUCAGGCGAACUAAAGGGAGUAGAUCACUAGCCAAGUGUUAACAGUCAAAAGUCCCGAUGAUGAUUUAGGAAUGAAGUGAGUCUGCUUGCCUGUCUAGUCGGAGAUAGCCUUUUCAAAGUCAGGAGUGGCGGGAUGCUAAAGAGAAUGCUGCUGCUGCUUCUGAGUUCGCAUGUGCCUCGGGAGAACCACUACAUAUAAAUAUGCCUCUAUGCCAUUAACUUCGCAUCUCGAAAGAUAAAAAUCUAGAGAAAGAAAAAUCCCCUUUUAAACGAUAAGCGCUACGCCCCUCCUUGCCUAAGAGUUCUUGCUUCCUUAAUAAAUUACCUGCUGCUCUCCUUGCUGCUUUCCACUAAGGGUCUGAAAGAGUUGGAUAAAGUUUCACUCUCGAUGGCAAGGCUGGGGGAAGAUCGAAACUUCUAAGAGGUGAACCUGUUUCCGGAUUCCUUCUAGCGCUUAAGGUGCGUAGCGGAUUGACUAAGAGAUGGGGCAUUACCGGUGUUGGGAUACCUUUGAAUAUAACUCAACGUAUAGAAAGGAAGAGGUUGGGGCUUCUCUCUAGAUAGUGAGUGGUCGAAACUUUGGGAUCUAAUUCCAUAUCGACAAGCAUAUCAUAAAGUCGGCCCUUUCGCGAGAACCUCUAUACCCCGCCAUAAAAUGCGGCGCAUAGCCAUGAGACGGCGACGAGUAAGGGACAGGGAGGGGCAAUUGCCAGCAAUGCCUGGUAAACAUGUAGAAAAGACAGUUGAGAAGGCCUUUAGGGGCGCUGUUUUCAUCCAACUAGAAAUAUCGUAGGAGAAGCAAAAGAAUGUAACAUCCUUCCUUCUUCUUCUACCGUUCCUACUCAACCGAUCUGCGACAGCAUAAAUAUACUUUAACAGCGGAUAUGCGACCUUCAUUCACUAGAUGUAAAGAAACCAUCCAAAGGGGGAAACCCGCAUACCCACUUUUCCCCUCCCCCCCGCGAUGCAGGGGGCCUCGCUGUCGCCUUUGGCUCGAGCUACUUUUGCUCCUGGAACGGAUAGCCUGCUGCCCAAAAUCAAGCCCUAUCGUGUUUUUUAAGAAAACUGGGAUGCAACUGCGGUCUGGCUCUUUUGCAGUCUUUUGCCUGUAAGGAACU